GUAGCCAAAGAGUAACUUCGAAAAUCUGUUACGCUUUAUGAGUUUGUUUGAGAGGUUUCCGGCGCUAAGCUUCAUUUUGUAGUCGAGCACGCAAAUGCUUAGAACGAGAUUCUGUUUUAGGAUGUUUUGGUACUCCUCGACACCUUGCGUGAUAAUUGCUGUUUUAUUUCUGGACUGAAAAAAUAUUUUUGUAAGAAAUUUGUGUCGCUAAUUUAGGCCGCCGCACUUGGUGAUGAAAACAACUUAAACGUAUCUCCAGAAGGUUGGUGGAAUAUUACAAAAAGUGGUCAACUUUUUUCUUUUAUAUCAUUUUGGAUUAUUCUGAGGAUAUGACGACUAUGGUUUGAUUUCUGGAGUUUCAAACUGCAAGCCAGGCGAUGAUACUUGCACUUCUGAUGAUGUUUUGGGGAUUGGCGUCCGCAGUAACAGGUUGGGGAGACCAUCAUCAUGAUUACGAGAACCACGUGGACGAACCACAGCCAAGUUCUCACCUGCAGAGUCUCGACGUCGUGUGCAGUAAGGAUCACAUGACUGUCAACAUGAAAUUUGACGAACCUUUUUACGGAGUCGUCUUUUCACACCCGAGCGGAAAUCAUGAACGAUGUAUUCACGUAGGUCCUCGCACAGGGAUUCUGGAAACCUCAUUCCGUAUUGGGUAUGACAGUUGCGGAACAGUUGAGGAUUUAAGAGGCCAGUUCCAUGAAAAUACCAUCGUGAUUCAAUUUGGCGAGGACAUCCUUGAGGCAUGGGACGAAGCGAAAAGACUCCGAUGCGAGUGGUUGGAAUCUUUUGAAAAACCAUCUUCGAAGCCUUCACUAGCCAUUUCAGAUCUCGAUGUUGUUGAGCUCAAUUUUCAAGGUGACGAUAUCGACUGUUGGAUGGAAGUUCAGGAAGGCAAAGGACCAUGGGCUCGUCAAGUAGGUGGUUUAGUGCCCAUAGGCAGCCCUCUGACUCUUGUGAUUGCCAUCAACGACCACAGCCGAGAAUUCGACCUGCGUGUAAAGAGGUGUUCUGCAAGUGAUGGGGCUGGGAUUGAAGUUCAGCUCACCGAUCAAAACGGAUGUGUUCUGAGACCAUCGUUGCUCACGCCGUUUGCAAAAAUCCGAGAUUAUGGACCCAAAGCUACCCUGAUAGCUUAUUCACACCUUUAUGCUUUCAAGUUUCCAGAUAAUCUUGACGUAUUUGUUCACUGUAUAGUUGAAGUCUGUAGAAACGGCUGUCCAGAUUCAUGCUCCAGACACUCUCUGGAUAAUGCAUAUGCUAGCCCUAGAGAACCUUAUGACGCACUGGAAUCCAAAAAACAUCAAAAACUAGUAGAACUAGCGAACUCCAAACCUUCGCAACCUUCGUCCCAUCUUCCUCUCAAGCAACAUGGUCCGUAUCUAACUAAAGUACCAGUGUCACUCAUAAAAGAAAGCUAUAGAGAAUCUUUAACUGCUGCAGCUUCCCAGAAACAGGUUCAUCACAUUUCAUUCAAUAAUGCAUCUCUUGAGUUAUCUUCUCCAGGAAAACAUAAAAUUUCUGACGGAAAGCAUUUAACAAGUGCGGAAGCUUUGCACAAAGCUGAAAGCACUUCUAAAGAAGUACACAGCACGCAAGCAAAGAAAGUAGAAUCAUCAGCUAGCUCUAUCCACUUGGUAUUUGAUAAUGUAAAAAAUAAUAUUCAUGAUCACCAUAAUAAUAAAUUUGAUUCUCACUUACUUGAAAUUCACAAAGAUGCCGUUCACGAGUUUCGGAAGCAUACAGGGGAUUCAUCCGCCAGUUAUGAGAGAAAUAUUGAUUCUGAUGCUCAUUUGAAUUCUGGGCAGCAUCCACCUGUUGAUGAGCAUUACAUAGCACAUUAUAUACAUCCUUCCAAAGAAGUAGCGAAACAGAUUCCGCAACCAGAACCGGCAUCUUGGUCUGGCGAAGAUGUUAGACCUGUAAGUAAACAACAAAUAAAUGAUCAACAUAGCCAUACUGCAGCAGGAUUAGCAACUUUACAUGAUUCUCAAAUCACACUGCAACAGAAACAUCAAAUUCAAACGAAACAUAUACAAAACCCCGGGCCUGAUUUUCAUCUAAAUUUGGAUGCCAUGAAAAGCAACAUCAAUCCCGAACUAUAUGCUACAUUCAUUUCGCAUCUUCCCGCAAACCAAAAAUCUCCUCCUCAGGAAGUUCACAGUCCCCAGCCCAUACUUGUUGGUGGACAUCGUAAGAUAAUAGGCCACGAUGCUUACUGGAACCCUGAUGAACUGAAGAAAACCGAAGAACAUCAUGUAAAACACAUUAUUCAUACUCCAAAAGAAAUUUUGACACCAGCUCCACAGCCGGAACCUGCUUCAUGGUCUGCCGAUGAUGUGAAACCUCUGAUUAAAGAGGAGGUGUACCAUGAUCGUGGUAAAUUAAAUGAAAGGGUACAACAAAAUGCCCAGGUUCAUAAUAUUCAUCUAACUAAUAAAGAUGUGCCCAUAAAACCAGCACCUUGGACAUUCGAAGAAGUAAAUCCAAUGAUUAAUCCUGCUGCACCACGACCCAUUUUGACGAAACCACCUUUACCGAGGCCAGAACCUUCGUCUUGGACACUUGAUGAUGUAAAGCCUUUAACAAAGGAAGAUCUAAAGGUUCAUUCUCUGAAUUAUAAAAUGCCCGUUCAGCCCCAAACACCAAUUCCUUUAUACAAAGAGUUGGUUCAGCCUUAUGGUAUAAGGACACCAAGUACACCACCGCAGCCAAUAUACAUCCCAACACCUGGGAAUAAUUCCCCAAAUAUGUCUAAUCCAGCUAUGAUGAAAAUGAUGAUGAUGAUGAUGCCUACGUUACUGCCAGUUACUUAUCAAACAGCUAGAUGGCCACAAAAGACGACUGCUCGGUUUUUAAGACCAAACAGGCAGCAUUACCCGUACCCCAUACCACAAUUCAGUCCCAGACAGCAAAUGAUGAUGAGCAUCAUUGCUGAUCGUAGAAUGGACGAUGAUGAAAGUGAGUUGCAGUAUGAAAUGCCAUCUGAUGAAAACCAUAAAAAUGUUGAAACUGAAAACUCUGGAAUCGCCGAGGGUCGAAGUCCUGUAUUCACUGAAACAAUACGUCAGAUUGGAGGCCUAUUUACAAGUGAAUUGAAUAAGGAACCUAAUAAGAGUGAGAAGCUUCAAAACGAUUCAUCGGGGAUUAAACCAGUUUUAGAGGAUGUUUUUAAAUCGAUGCUUAGUGAAAUACCAACAUUAACGACACUGCGGAAUAAUCCAGAAGAGUUCGCGACUACAGCAAUGGACGAACUCGGUACAGAAAAUGCAACAGCAGUGAAGGAAAAACCAAUUAGAGAACAGUUGAUUUCAACUGGUCAAAAUAUCUCAGAAGAAAAACGACCACCAGUUUCUGGAUUUGUCCCGCCAAAGCUUGAUAAUGGUGAUACGGACAGCCAACCCCAAAUAAAUGAAAAACCCGCUCAUGGUCCGAGAGCUCUGGACAGACGAAAGCGGUCGUCUGAGCCUGUUUUUGGCGUGCGGCAAAAAUUUCAAGCAAUAGCGUUAUCAGAUUUGGCUUUUGAUUUUAACCUUACAAGCGAAAGUACAACUCUCUUGCGUGGCAGACGAGAAGAGAUCAUUUAUGGCAUAUGUAUGUCACCAGCUAGCAUGAGUGCAAGUGUUGGCUUGAUUUUAAUCUUAACUUUAUGUUCUAUCAUAGCUUCGGCAGUACUGUAUGAACAUAGCUGUAGAUUAAGUAACAAAACUUCUCAUUUAUCUUUGCUGACUCGAACAUUUAAUGGUAGGUUAGAAGCAUUGUAUAGAAUAUCACGUCCGCAUGCUACUGCAGAUAGUGCUACUUGAUUGACUGUUCUUUAGAUUCAACUAUUAUAACAAUACUGCAGCUGCUGCAGAUAGUGCUACUUGAAGUGACUAUUCUCUAGAUUCAACUAUUAGAAUAAUGUAGCAGCUGCCAGUGCUACUUGAAGUGACUAUUCUCUAGAUUCAACUGUUAAGAACAAUUUAGCAGCUGGCUGCUUAAUCUUUAAAACCCUCUGAGCGGCCAGGGGUUUCGCUAAGAAAGCACAAAUUUCCUAAAACUACUAUGAUAACAAAUUAUUUUUUUGAUUUUAAUGUAAAACUUAUCCUGGUAUUACAUACCUGGAUUUGUGUACCUUAAUUUCUUUGACAUAUUGUAAUAUGCACGUAUAUAUACGUUCUUACAGAUAUCACAAAACAUAUUCUAGGCCGUACAUAUACGGCCUUGCCGCUUAGAGGGUUAAAAGACUGGAUAAUGUAUAACAGAAUCAUAUUGAUAGUUCAUAUUGCCAAAUAAUGCGCUGUGCGUAAUUGUAAAAUAAAACAUAUUUUUAAAAAA